GUCACUACCCAGAGGCACACUCUGCGACUGCAUCCCUACAGCGGAGGACAGCUGGGUCGGGUGGGAGCUCAGCCAGGGGAAGACUCCUUGCCUGGACGCCGCUCGGAGCUGUAAGGAAAACCUCUCAGAGACAUGACCGACCACGACCCCAGCAAGGCCUGCCCAGACGGCAAGAGCCUCACUGAGGAUGCCAUUGAGUAUUUGCAGAGCGUGGUGAGCAGAGAGGACCUGGAGCUCCUGCUGACCGAAGAGGCCUGGGAGAGCCUCGUGGCUGAGGCUGAUUUGUCCAGGGAGGAAGCAGAUGCGCUGUACGAGGCUCUGAAUAAGCUUAGAGGAGACAUGGCCCUGGAGGACGAGGACAUGCUCCAAACCCACAUGCAGGACAGGGAGAGGUUCCUGCAAGAGUUUCCGCAGGUAAAAGCGGAGCUGGAGGAGUGCAUAGAGAAGCUCCGCGCCCUGGCAGACAGGGUUGACAAGGUGCACAAGGACUGCACCAUCUCCCACGUGGUGGCCAACUCCACCGGUGCCGCCUCUGGAGUCCUCACCAUCCUUGGCCUGGCCCUGGCACCUGUGACGGCAGGAGUCAGUCUGGCCCUCUCGGCCACUGGGGUGGGGCUGGGAAUAGCCGCUGCUGUGACAACCGUCUCCACUAGCAUCGUCGAGCAUUCAAGCACUGUGUCCGCCACAGAAGAAGCCAGCAGCCUCGUGUCAAAGAACGCGAGCAAUGCGAAGGCCGUUGCCCAGAUCGUGGGCCACAAUGCACCCAAGGCCAUUUCCUUGACCAAGAACUUCAUCCAAGUACUGGGCGACAUUGGGAAGCACAUCCGGGCCAUCAAGCUGGCCAAAGCCAACCCCCGCUUAGUAUCCAGUGCCCGGCGCCUCAUGACGACCGGGAGAAUCUCAAUCCGAAAUGGCAAGCAGGUACAGAGAGCCUUUGGAGGCACUGCUCUGGCCAUGACCAAAGGGGCCCGGAUCAUGGGUGCAGCCACCGCAGGCAUCUUCCUUCUGAUGGACGUGAUCGACCUCGUGCAAGAGUCGAAGCAUUUGCAUGAGGGGGCAAAGGCAGAGUCGGCUCAAGAGCUGAGGCAGAAGGCUCAGGAGCUGGAGGAGAAGCUGCAAGAACUCAUCCAGACCCACGAGAGGCUGCAGUUGGACCCGUCGCCAUGACACCUCUCCUCAAGCAGCACGGAGGUCAGGGGACACGUGCUGGACAGAGGAAUGCCUGCCUGGGGGCGUUUUAUUAUAUGGGAGAGAGAGAGAGAAAUAAAGCCUUUGAAACUGAG